UUCCCGGAGAAAUUCUCCAGUAGUUACUUGCGAUAAUUCUUUGGCAAUUUCUAGCACUACUGCUCCCGCAAUGUCAGGGAAUCUUACAUUCUUUCUUUCUGAGGAAUUUCUCAUCAAUUUCCACUUCGAAAUCUUUCAGUAAUUCCGGCUGAGAAUUUUUCCUGCAGUCUUUUCCGGGGAAAUCUCAAGGCAAAUGCUAGGAAUCCUCUUUAAAUCCUUUGGGAGAAUUCUUCACCGUUAAUAUACGAGGAGCUUCUGAAGGAUUCCUUAUGAGCACUGGUCCAGCAAUUCCUCCGGUUAAUUAAUAAACUGUUUCAGCCGCCGCAGUGUCUAAAACAAAUUCAAUUUGUUGUUAUUUACAUCUGCAAUUUUCUAAUCAAAUUAGCCUGAGCCUUCUUUGAUGAAAUAACUGGUUGUUGCAGAAGAAACUUAUCGUGUAGCAUGACAUCGUACCGGUGCAACUCAUCAAACAAACGAUAGGUUCAAUUAACAACUCGCCUAUAGUUUUGACUGAUUUGUACCAACAUGUGAAAAAGGCGGAACAACCAUUGCACGCCUCUACUUCUUCCGUCCCUCCUAGGCGUAUUUCAAUUUAUUUAUGGAAACAUAUACCGUUAUCAGAUACAUGGGAGUCUGCUCUACCUGUUACUGAUCAGAGGUUGCAGAAAUUUGCAUUGGUUGUUACGCCAUUUUCAAAUGCUAGUCUAGUUUUUUUGAUAAAAAUGUGAACAUGUGAACAUUUGAGUGUUGUAAUAUGAAUAAGUGAGUACUAUCACGUGAAUAUUACAAUAAAUUCUGAUCAUCUAUGUUUGCUUCAACUUAGAAUAAAACGCGGACGAAAUGACAAGAAAAGAUAUAAAGAUAUCUAUGUACCUUAUACAUGAUAAAAAUGAUGAGAAAAUUUAUAUAAAUUGUCAGGGGUUAUAAUAGAAAAUGUAGAAAAAAAGUUAGAACCUUGAAUUUUUAUACUUAUAAGUUCGUUUUCACACAUGAAUGAAACACAAAAUAAACACCCAAGUAUGAGGCAGAGCUGAUUCCAUCAAAAUAUAUUAUUCAAAGGAAUGGGUUUAUAAAUAUUUGCUACGAGAUAUCAAUCGUUUUUCCAGUGUUUUAUAUCUCUCGAGUCUAAUAACAUUUAAUCAUUGUCAAGAGUUGAUAAAGUGAUAUCCAUCACGAUGUUUGGACAUUCUAGUGUGUUGCACUAGUUGCACUAGCACAUGUUUUCUUAGACGAGAUCUGGGACCUGAAUCCCACUUCUAAUGUAAAGGACAGGAAAGUAAGUCAUUUGGACUAGAAAUUUUAUUGGGCUAAAAGCUAGUUGAAACAGAUUAAAAGUUAUUUUCAGAAUACCAUGUCAAUACAUCUGAUACAUUUAUACAAAAAGUUUUAAUAUUUGUUACAAAAAUUGGAUUUAAAGUUAUUAAUAAAUCAACCAUCUGAAGGAAAGAAGGUGAAUAUUUCGGUCCCUUAAAUGUUGAAAAUAUUGUGUUGACAAAUGGCCACCGAUUGAUUCCUUUCUUGUUGUUAUCAUUUAUUCUCAUUUCUUACAGAAAAAAAAAAACAACAAAAAUAAUACACAAAACAAACCAGAACAGAUACCUUACGUUGAUUAUGGACAGCGUCAGUUGAAAUGAGCUGCGAAAAUUGUUGAAGAAAUUACUCACAUAAAACAUGCUGAUGUCUCUGUAACUCAUACGCCUAAAACCGCUUGUGGUUAGUAUUACGAUUCUGUGGAAUUGAACCUAAUACUCAACGCCAUUGAAUUUGAGUGGACUGCGUUUCGUUUCACUUCAACGAUUUAAUGUUCUCUUUUUUACCAUGGCAUGAUGGCACCUGCUCACACUUAAAAUAAAGAUUCUGCGGCCAAUCAGUUUCGAACAAAACACCUUGUGAUUAUGGAAUUAAUUGAUAAUAAAGAAGACAAAUCUCUGUCAAGAGGCACUUGUGGUGUGAUGAUCAUGUGUUAUCAUAAUAAAUUUAAACACAUUUUUGUGGUCUUCACUGUACCGCGGCUUUCACUGAGGUAUUAUUUUUUAUAAUACACUACUCUCAUGUUAAAGAUAUUUCUUUUUUUAAAUACAAGAUAUACUUGAUUAAAUUUAAUUGCCAUUCGAAAUUUUAAAAUCAUCACAUAUUAGUGUUCCUGAUUUUAUACAAAUGUUUUCCUUUUUUUAUUCUUCUGCAAAUAAAACUAGUAUGUUAAGGGCUUAAAACAAUUCAAACUCUUCCUCUACGCUAGCAAGAUGCGGUUUACCCCCGAUGAGCUGCAGUGAAACCUAUGGUUCAGUCCUUACUCUGUCCAUCCCUCAAAAUGUGACCUAACAUCGAGCUGCCACGAGUACCGUGGCUUCCUCUCAUUACUAACAGUAAUCAUAAACAUAUCAAAAGUUAUUAUCUUGUGUAUAUUGUAUAUAUUGAGUUCAUAAAAGAUCUUCGGCUCCGUAAAGCGUUAUACGCGAUUGAGCCCCAAAUAAAUAAACAAGAUAAAAAAAAAACUCUUCUUCCUUUUAUUCUUACGCACAUAAUGUGCUUUAUUUACUUUUUCGUUUAUUUACAUUCACGAUUUUCUUAACUUAUUUGAACUUGAGAGGUUACAAACAUUAUAAACAUAUGUUGAUAUAAAUUCACAUUUAUUCAUGUCAACUAACAAAAAUUUUCAUAUUUAUUUCAAAAAGUUCAACAAAAUCUAUGCUAAUAAUAUCUAAUAUUCAAUGCGAUACAAUUCUUCUUGAAAAUAUUUGAUCAAAAUCGUUUAAAAAUGGCUGAGUACAUAAAUAUUUUGAUUUUUCUUUGAAUUAUGGCUUUACGCCCUUUAAAAGGUCCUAACUCAAAAAUGGGCCCUACGAUUUUUUUCAAAUUUUGCCCAGACAUGCAGGAUAGUCUUAGAAAACGAAUGGUGGGUACCGAUUGGAUGGAGAUUUUUAUUUUAUAAUAACGGUCUGGGGAGCACCGUGCCUGGAGAACCUCGUGGAAGAAUGCCAUCGCGUGGCCAACCUCAAACAGGACACACUGAUGGUGGAGAACAAGGAAGCACGCAACGUCAACAUUGUCUCCCGCAAGCCGAAGAAUCCUGUGAAAAAUCUGAAAAUCCCCAAAACGCCCUGCUGGAUGUGUGGUGACCAGCACUACGUACGCGAGUGUCCAUUCGCUUCGCACACCUGUUCCAGAUGCAAGCAGCAAGGACACAAGGAGGGGUACUGUUCAAGCAACAAGCCUACGCCCUCGAAGCCAUUCAAGCAGACGAAACCCAGAGAGAACGUGAAGACGAGGAGUAUCCACACCGUUCGGAACGUCGGAAGCAAGCGGAAGUUCAUCCCGGUCGAGCUCAACGGUACAACAGUCAAGCUCCAGCACGACUCGGCGUCCGACAUCACCAUUAUUUCCGAAGAUACUUGGAACAGCAUCGGACAGCCACCCACUCAACCGACGGAGGAAUCUGCAGUAACAGCUUCUGGUGGCAACCUGAACCUUCUUGCCGAGUUCCAAACCGAGAUCACCAUCAGGAAUGUGACCAAAACCGGUCGCAUCUUCAUCUCGGACAACGCUGAACUCAACGUUCUUGGAAUCGAGACUAUGGAUCUAUUCGAUCUGUGGUCUGUGCCGAUCAGCAGCUUGGUCAACGUCGUACACCAACGUCCCUACCAACAACCCGAUGAAUACGUGAGUCAACUCAAGCAAAACUUCCCGGAGGUUUUCCGAAGCACGCUGGGUAGGUGCACUAAAGCGCAAGUGAAGCUGUACCUGAAGCCUGAUGCACGUCCUUCCUAUUGCCCGAAGCGACCCGUGGCGUACGCUGCGCUCCCCAAGGUAGAUGAAGAACUCGAAAGGCUUCAGAACAACGGUAUCAUUUCUCCGGUUCGAUUCUCGGACUGGGCAGCUCCAAUAGUCGUCGUACGCAAAGCGGACAACAUUUCGGUCCGUGUGUGUGGUGAUUAUUCGACGGGGUUGAACGACGCGCUGGAAUGUGACCGCCACCCACUGCCUCAUCCUGACGACCUUUUUGCGGAACUUGCUGGAGCACGUUACUUCACACACCUCGACUUGUCUGACGCUUACCUGCAGGUCGAGGUCGAGGAGGAAUCGCGGAAGCUACUCACGGUCAACACCCACCGUGGCCUAUUCCAGUACAACCGAUUACCCCCUGGAAUCAAGUCGGCACCCGGCGCUUUCCAGCGCAUCAUCGACAGCAUGGUGGCCGGCAUCCCUGGAGUCAAGCCGUAUCUGGACGACAUCCUCAUCGCUGGUCGGACCAAGGAGGAACAUGACCGCAAUCUCUACGCCGUUCUCAACCGUAUACGUGAGUAUGGUUUCCACUUACGUCUCGAAAAGUGUCGUUUCGCACUCUCCCAGAUCGAGUUCCUCGGACAUAUCGUGGACAAAGAUGGCAUCCGCCCGGACCCUUCCAAAACCGAUGCCAUUUCGAAGAUGCAGCCUCCGAAGGACGUUCAGCAGCUCCGUUCCUACCUCGGUGCUGUGAACUACUAUGGUUGAUUCGUGAAGCAGAUGAAGAAACUCCGGGCCCCUCUGGACAACCUGCUCAAGAAAGAUGCCCGUUGGAAUUGGACCGACGAAUGCCAGCAAUCCUUCGAGCAGUUCAAGGCCAUUCUACUCUCCGAUCUGCUGCUCACCCACUAUGACCCAUCCAAGGAGAUCAUCGUCGCAGCAGAUGCAUCGAAGUACGGCCUUGGCGCAGUCAUCAUGCAUCGGUUCCCGACCGGUGAAGUGAAGGCAAUCGCUCAUGCCUCUCGCUCACUGACCCCGGCAGAGAUGAACUACGGACAAGUGGAAAAGGAAGCAUUGGCCCUGAUUUUCGCUGUCACUCGCUUCCACAAGAUGCUGUACGGACGCCACUUUCUCCUGCAGACCGAUCACCAACCGCUCCUCAAGGUUUUCGGUUCCAAGAAAGGUAUUCCUGUUUACACCGUGAACCGAUUGCAGCGUUGGGCCUUGACACUCCUGCUGUAUGAUUUCGACAUCAAGCACGUUUCAACGACAAACUUCGGCUAUGCAGAUUUCCUUUCGCGGCUGAUGUCAUCGCAACGAAGGCCGGAUGAAGAUUAUGUGAUAGCCGCCGUAUACGUCGAAUCCGAAGCGAAAGCAAUACUCGAAGACACCAUCAGCAACCUCCCAGUCACGCACCAGAUGAUUGUGGCUGAAACACGAAAGGACCCAGUUCUCCAGCAAGUGGUGAACUUCCUCAAGGAGGGUUGGCCGGCCCAAUCGAAGCAAAUCGCGGAUCCAGAUGUCAAGAAGUACUUCGCAAGACAAGAUGGACUUCAAGUUGUCGACGACUGCAUCAUGUUCGGCGAUCGAAUCGUCGUUCCCCUCAAGUUUCGUAAGCGGAUUGUUCGACAAUUGCAUCGUGGACACCCAGGAAUGGACCGGAUGAAGUCUCUGGCCCGAAGCUACAUCUACUGGCAUAAUGUGGAUGACGACGUGACGCAGUUCGUUCAAGAGUGCACAGCGUGCGCUGAAGCAGCAAAGUCUCCGACAAAAGCAAGCCUGGAGUCGUGGCCUCUUGCAGUCAAGCCGUGGCAACGCGUCCACAUUGAUUUCGCUGGCCCAAUCGACGGUUAUUACUAUUUCGUCAUCGUGGAUGCCUACUCGAAGUGGCCUGAAAUUUUUCGCACCCGUUCCAUCACCACAACUGCAACCCUGGAUCUGCUACGUGAGACGUUUUCCCGUUUCGGCAACCCGGACACUCUGGUCUCGGACAACGGCACGCAAUUCACCAGCGUGCAGUUUCAGCAGUAUUCAGGCUUAUUCUGCGCGGCGUGUGAGCUCACCUCACACGCCGCGCAGAAUAAGCCUGAUUGCCGUGAAAAUGGUAUCACCCACCUCCGCACUGCUCCCUACCAUCCGCAGUCCAAUGGUCAAGCGGAACGAUUCGUUGACUCCCUCAAGCGCGGUCUCAAGAAGCUGAGCAAGGGGGAAGGCUCACCCACACUGGAGCACCUGCAGACAUUCCUCUCGGUGUAUCGCUCAACUCCAAAUCGAAACACACCGCAAUCGACGUCUCCUGCAGAAGCGUUCCUCGGAAGACCAGUACGCACCACUUUGGACCUCUUGAAGAAGCCUGCUCCUGAAGCCCCAGGUGCCGAAAACCUCAAGCAGAAUGGGCAGUUCAAUCGCCGGCAUGGAGCAAUCAAGCGCGACUUCGAAGAAGAUGACCUGGUGUACGUUGAACAGCAUUUCCGGAAUACCAAGUCAUGGAUGGCAGGUCGAGUCAUCGAACGGAAAGGUUCCGUUCAUUACAUUGUAUCGCUGGAAAACAACGGAAGACCGAAGCUGGUUAGAGCGCAUGUCAACCAAAUGCGCCCUCGCUACGAUACCGCCGUUCCAGAACCAACGACGCAGCUACCGUGGGAAGUUUUGCUCGAUGAAGUACAGCUACAAGCUACAGCGGUACUGGCUGAUCCCGAAGAACAGCCUAAUAUUGUCGAAGCUCCCGUUCCUGUUGUCACCCCGCCACCGGUCUUGGAAGAAGCUGCUGGUUCGGUACAAGCUACGUCUGGCAUUCCGACGAUUGAAGAUGAUGAAGCUCCGACCGUACCACCGCCGGUGUCAUCGGAACCAGUUGAAGGAUAUCUGCGACGUUCUGUACGAGAAUCAAGAAUUCCAAGAUGGCUCGCCUGAUAUUAUUCAUAGUAGUAGGCCUUGAUUCUAGAAUAGAAAGAAAUUGUCAUUAGUUAGCCAACCACCAAUCAAGUCAGAAGCAAUAAACCUUAGCUCCUAGCUACCUGUUUUAUUCCCUUGGUUACGGCCGUGGUUACGGCUAUAACACUUACAGAGGCUAGAAAAGUUUUUUCGGUUUUUAUACUGUGAAGCAGCACCAUCUGACAUAAAAUAAUUUUUUUUCAUGUUUUUAUUUUGAUCAAUUUGUAAAAAGUUUAUCAUUUUAUCAAUAAACAAAUUAACAGCGACUGGAUCAUGUCUUAGUUCUUCUGAAAUUAUAAUGAAGCUAAAAUGUUUAAUUUGCAUAUUUUCAGUAUAAUAUAUUACGAAAGGAUGGAUUGUGGCCUGUUGCACG